AUGGCCGACAAAGGAUCGUCCUACGAGCUCGAGAGAAAGGAGCAUAUGCCCAGUGCCUCCCCAUCUUCGGGGCGACUGGAGGGAGAAACACUCGAAACAACACGACACGGCCACAGACACCACAAUGGCCACACGAACGGUCUUGCUCCCCCGGGGCAGCACAAUCAACCCCAAUCCUCCGCCUCCUCUGCUACAGUCGUCAACGACCCAGCUCCGCCCCAUCCUGUGUGGCAGUUUCUCGAAAACUGGCUCAUACCCUCGACAACCGGCAACCAUCCCCCCGACAGCGUGCCAACGCUAGACGACACCCCGGGCCUUCCACGCCUGAGGUACAACAUGCUGGACUACAAGUGGAAGCUCAUCAUCGUCUCCUCCUUACUGGUCAUCGAAUCUUCCUUACUACCCAUCGCCCUCUUCUACGGCCUUUGGUACGGCACCAGCCUGCGCCACGGCAUCGUUUUCGCCAUCAUCACCGCCUUCUUCGGCCUCGUAACCGGCAUCGAAUUCGGCCUUCGCUGCCUGAAACUCAUGCUUCCCCGCGACGAAUACCGCCCAUUGGGAACCGAUCCCGUCAAGGACCGCUGGAGGUUCGACUUUACCCAUCACACCCUUUCGUUCGGAUACACUUACAUGACGGGGAUUCUCAUUGGCGCCUCGAUCCCCCACGAGCCGAUUGUUAAGCCGCUGGCCAUGCCGGUACCGCUGUUCUUUAUCCAGAUGGGACUGCAGUUGUUGUGGAGUGGGUGGGCGAACAAGAAACACAAGAAGGCGCCUUUCAGGUUCAGUUCAGUGCCCAAGGGAGGAAGGAUCCCGCCGUUGGUGUUCACGAUUGUCGAGGAUAUUGUAGCGGUGGAUGGUGCUGGAGGCAAGGAAUACAGGAGGGCGAUCAACGCCAGGUACGAAGUCAGCAAGAGGUUUAGGGAGAUGAUUGCGAGGCAGAAUUGGUUUUGGGGAGUGGGAGCGCUAGCGGAUGGGAUUGCUACCAUGAUUGUCAUUUGGACGAUACCGCAGGAGAUUGCCUACGGUGUUGCAUGGGCAAGCCCCCUCAUCUUCUCCAUCAUCUGGAUCAUCAUCACCGUCAUCUGGGUCAGACGCGAUCUACGAAGAGAAAAGGCCGAAUGGCGAGCAAAUGCUGCUGAGCCGCGAUUGUCGACUGCUGGGACAGCGACACAACAGGAGAUGCAGGAACACCACAGUGCAGUCUAA